CAGAGCUCAAGUCGAGCAGAAAGUCACAACGAGGAGCGGAUCAGGAGACAUCGGAACAACCGAGUGGACGUACAGCAGCAACUGAACAUCAGGACCUUGGAGAGCGCAGCGGAGAUCAGAAAUCUCACUACUUUAUAUACAGCACAUGUGUAACGCGAUGUUACAGCGGAACGGUCCCCACCUGCUGCUCCUAAUAGCCCUGUGCAGUGUGUUGUACUCCCGGACUCUGAGUCUGCCUUACGCGUCCAUGAGACCGACCAGACAUGCGGACGGGCUGUUCACCAGCGGCUACAGCAAACUACUGGGGCAGCUGUCGGCGCGGAGGUACCUGGAGUCUCUGAUCGGGAAGCGGGUCAGUGAUGAGCUGAUGGAGGAGCCAGUGAAGCGCCACUCAGACGCCAUCUUCACAGACAACUACAGCCGCUUCCGCAAACAGAUGGCUGUCAAGAAGUAUCUGAACUCGGUCCUAACAGGAAAGAGAAGCCUGGAAGAUCCUGGAGCCAGUGACCCUGAAGAGUCCAGGGAUGAAGCCAACACCUUUCAGGAGAGUUACGACGACAUCAACCUAGACCACCUCCUAAACAACUUUCAGCUGCCACUUUGAGGAGAGGCCAGUGCUCGAGUGAAUACCUCAAGUCAUCGUCAUGAAUCCGCCUGUUACAAGAGCAAACCAGUAUUAAUCCAAAGGACAUUUGAACAUCAACUAAACCAACGAUGAUGUGUUCUCCACUGUGGUUAUCUAUUUAUCCAUCCACACAGUACAUGUUUACACUGUAUAUAUAAUAUAUAUAUGCAACAUAUUAAUCACUUCUGUCCCUAGUUAGCAGUUUGGUCAGUCAGCAUUUGAAGACAGCAGAGAGUAUAACCAUUACAACCACGUUUUUCUUUCUAAAUCAAUGUUCUAUUUACUAUGUAUUUUCAAUGGAAACACUUCGUAUUAAAUAUAACUUAAUUCUUUCCCAUCGACCAUUUGACUCACUGAAUGUCAAUAAACCUAAUUUCAUAGUUUGGCCUUUCCAUUGAUUUUCAUUCAAAUGAAGAAAUUGUGACCAACAUUUUGUUAAAUUAGAUCCUGCAUCCGAUCACAGCGGCACGAGUGCUGCUGUAUUUUAUGAAGUAACUGCCACUAGGCGUGAGUGAACAUUAUUAAUGGUUAGUGGAACAUUGGACCAUUAGAAAAUCAAUAGAGCAUUUCAUUUAUUAGUAGAUCUACGAUCUCUUUAGCCUUAAAUGAGACGUCUUUCCAUUUUAACAGAACAAUAUGUGCAUAGAAUUAGCACAAAACAUCUGAUCUUAAAUACAUGUACUCUUCUCUCACAUAAAACACAGCAUUUCAGAUUAACACUUGUCCUAUUCAUUUUCAGUUGUGCAACCAUGAUGUUAGUUGUUUCAUAAAUCCAUGUGGUUUAGAAAGAAGAGACGAAGGAAGAGGAACAAACGGACACAGAUGCAUAUAUUCACUUUAAAUUAUUCCGUAUUUAGAGCAAAGACGUUAUAACUGUGCAUAGACCUGCCUUUAGUGCAUAUAGUGAUGUACACCACUCACCAAAUAAAAGAUGUCUGUUUAUUUUUCAAAGCUGA